AUGACGUCCGACUCCAAGAUCGAGGCUGCGGUCGAGAACCUACCUCAUGGAGGUGAUGUCAAGCACCAUGAGCAGGCUCGUGACGAUGCUCGCAAUGCCACUACGCGUGAGCACAACUUGACUCUCAGGGACUCGUUCAAGCUCUACCCCAAGGCGAUCCUCUUUAGUCUAUUGUUCUCAACUGCCAUCAUCAUGGAGGGCUACGAUUUGUCUCUGAUGGGAGCCUUCUACGGCUACGAUGCCUUCCAGGAGAAGUUCGGCAACGAGCCGGACGGCAAAGGAGGCAAAGUCAUCUCCGCGAACUGGCAGACAUACAUCCAGGUCGGCGGACAAUGCGGACAGAUCAUCGGCCUCUACAUCAAUGGGUACCUUUCCGACGCUAUAGGAUACCGUAGGACCAUGUUUGUCUCACAAUUUAUGAUGAUCGCCCUUCUCUUUAUUCCCUUCUUCGCUCAGAACCUGGACACUCUUCUCGCCGGCCAGAUUGUCCUUGGAAUUCCUUGGGGUAUCUUCCAGACUUUGACCCUCGCCUACGCAUCUGAUAUCGCUCCCGUCGUCCUUCGCCCGUACCUCACGGCAUACGUCAACCUCUGCUGGGUUAUCGGCCAGUUGAUUGCCGCCGGUGUUCUCCGUGGUCUUUUCUCCAUGCAGGGCCAGUGGGCCUACCGUAUCCCCUUUGCUCUGCAGUGGGCGUGGCCUCCUUUCAUCAUCCUCGGAACCAUCUUCGCUCCUGAGUCUCCCUGGUGGCUCGUCCGCCAAGGCCGAUUCGACGAUGCCAAGCGUGCCAUCAUGAGCCUUGUUUCACCCAAGUCCGGUGUUGACUUCAACGUGGACGACCAGCUCGAGAUGAUCAAGGCGACGAACGAACUUGAAGAGGAGCACUCCGCCGGCAUGAACUACUGGCACGCCUUCCAGAGGUCUGACCUCAGGCGCACGGAGAUUGCCUCCAUCUCGUACACUGCGCAGAACCUUUGCGGUAGCGCCAUGAUGGGAUACUCGAUCCAGUUCUACGAGCGUGCCGGCCUUUCGGCGGAGAACUCCUUCACCUUCAACCUGAUCCAGUACGCCGUCGGUGCCAUCGGUGUCGUUCUCUCUUGGGUCCUGAUGACGAAAUUCGGCCGUCGCACAAUGUACCUCGGCGGAAUGGGCUCCCUUCUGAUCAUUCUCGUGAUUAUUGGUGGCCUCGGAUUUGCUCCGGCUUCCAUGUCUGGUCCGUCGUGGGCUAUCGGCAGCCUCCUUAUUUUCUACACUUUCAUGUAUGAUAUGACUGUUGGCCCUCUUUGCUACACCCUUGUGGCCGAGCUUCCCUCGACCCGUCUCAAGGCUAAGACCAUCGUCUUGGCCCGCAACUUCAACAACAUGGCAGGCCUCGUUAACAACGUCCUCAUGCCCCGCAUGCUCGGCGUCAACUCCUGGAACUGGGGUGCCAAGACCGGUCUCUUCUGGGCCGGCCUCGUCGUCCUCAUCCUCAUCUGGGCCUACUUCCGCCUUCCCGAGACCAAGGGCCGCACCUAUGGUGAGCUGGACAUCCUGUUCGAGCAGGAGGUCAGCGCUCGCAAGUUCGGCAGCACGCGCGUCGAUCAGUUUGCCGAGGACGAGGCCGUCAUCAAGGAGUAG